AUGGAGCAACCAAACCAAUGGCUAACGCCGACGGAACAAGAGGGGCUUGAUUACAUGUACCAGCAUCAAGAAGGGGGGCACGUAACCAGCCUGGAGCAGCAGUUCCCAGAGCCACCGUUACCCGACCAUCAGGAGCAGUACUACACGCCUCCAAUGGCAGCCCCGUCGUUUCAUCCACCCCGCAGCUCCAAUUUCCCGACCUUUGGUGGCUCGUCAUCAUUGCCCAACCUGCCUUUCAGAGCGGCGACGGUCAAGAACGAGCUGGGGCAGCCGUCGCCGCCACCGCAGUCGUCGAACUUCCUCUCCUUCGGCACCGGCCAGGCUAGCACGUUGAACUUCUCCGGUGGUGCCUGGCAGCCGGACGGCAUCGAAUUGACGAUGCAGGUGCAAGAGCCGGAGAGGCGGAGCAGGGCGCCGGGGAACGCCCAGGAACACGUCAUCGCGGAGCGCAAGCGGCGGGAGAAGCUGCAGCAGCAGUUCGUGUCCUUGGCCACCAUCGUCCCUGGCCUCAAGAAGACAGACAAGAUCUCCCUGCUGGGGGGCACCAUCGAGUACGUGAAGCAGCUGGAGGAGAAGGUGAAGGCCCUGGAGGAGCAGGGCGCGCGGAGGUCGUCAGAGUCCACCGUCUUCGAGAGCAAAUGCUCCAUAUCCGCAGCCAAUAGUGACGCGGCAGGCCCCAGCGGGAGUGGCACCGGUGACGGCGAUGGCGAGUACUCGAGCCCGGCUGUUGAGGUCAGCAUCCGGGGGAACACGGUGCUGCUGAAAAUCUGCUGCAAAGAGAGGAGAGGUGUGCUGGUAAUGGUCCUGUCCGAGCUCGAGAACCAGGGUCUCUCCAUCAUAAACACCAACGUCGUGCCGUUCACCGACUCCUGCCUAAACAUCACCAUUACGGCGAAGGCAGGACCUCUCUUCUCUGGCUUUACAUUGUGCAAUCAAGGUUACAAAUGGAUAAACUAUGUCUAUAAUGUAUGA